UGGGAAACGCCCCCGCAGACCGCGCUGCGCAACGUGGGAGGGUUAGCGGUCCCGGGGAACCGCUUCCGAACUUGCCAGGGGACCGCGGCUCUCCCGGGCCUGGAGAGUGUGAACAGGAUUGCAGAUUUACCAUGAUAUGGUGAACCCCAGGGCUGGAAACAAAAAGGUCUUCUCAGCUCUUUAGUUCGAACCACAGUGAAUUGUCUACCAGCACCCAACAUGGCUAAAAGUGCAGAGGUCAAACUGGCAAUAUUUGGGAGAGCAGGCGUGGGCAAGUCAGCUCUUGUAGUGAGAUUUUUGACCAAACGGUUCAUCUGGGAAUAUGAUCCCACCCUCGAAUCAACCUACCGACACCAAGCAACCAUUGAUGAUGAAGUUGUCACCAUGGAGAUACUAGAUACUGCUGGGCAGGAAGACACCAUUCAGAGGGAAGGACACAUGCGAUGGGGGGAAGGCUUUGUGCUGGUCUAUGACAUUACUGACCGAGGAAGUUUUGAGGAAGUGCUGCCACUUAAGAACAUCCUGGAUGAGAUCAAAAAGCCCAAGAACGUGACUCUCAUCUUGGUUGGAAACAAAGCUGACUUGGACCACUCCAGACAGGUCAGUACAGAAGAAGGGGAGAAGCUGGCCACAGAACUGGCAUGUGCUUUUUAUGAGUGUUCUGCCUGCACUGGAGAAGGGAACAUCACCGAGAUAUUCUACGAGCUGUGUCGAGAGGUGCGUCGCCGGAGGAUGGUCCAGGGCAAGACGAGGCGACGCAGCUCCACCACGCAUGUCAAGCAAGCCAUUAAUAAGAUGCUCACCAAAAUCAGCAGUUAGGCAGCUCCAUCCUUGGGAAGACCCUGCUCAGCAGAAAGACAACAUUCAAAUAAACAGGGGAAUUAAAAAUGAAGCUUAACUACUUCUUCUGUUGGGGAGCCCAGGUUCUGUGACAGGCACACUAAGAAGAAUUAGCCUCUGAUUCACUUAAACUGGCUACAUGGCUUCUAAUAUAUUGGAUAAAUUAAUUCAUUUAGAAUUCAGAAAAGAAUGAAUGAUUAGAGCUCACUAUACCUGAAUAAAUGUGUAUAAAUCAGAUUCUUAUAUUGUGAAAUAGUCUAUAACUGAUAAAGCUUUAUGAUUCUUUUUUCCCCUAUUAUGCCCCCAUAUAUUAAGAUUUGGGCACUUUAUUUUAGAAGAAAAUAUAUAUCUUUUACAUAUGUGUGUAUUUAUAAAUGCAUAGAUAUAUGUAUAAAACUUUGUAAGAGUUAAAGGCUUUAAUUCACCAACGCAUUUGGACAACUCGGUGUAAUUGACUAUUUUAUGUGAAUAUAAUAAAAAGCAUAAUUUUCACA